AUCGACUUUGACGACAAAUACUUUGCCGAGCGUCUGCAGUUGGCGCACAACGAAAUCACUGGUUCAUGGGUGAAGCGGUUCUUCAGUGCAAGGAGAUUGCGAUACAUUCGCCUCUACCAGAGUAGCGCAUGGAGUGAGUCGCCUCCUAUCUCUGCUGAGCCUGAAGCAGGUGCGAGCAGACUACUAGCAACAGGUUCCGGCACAGACAGCGAAGCCGCUACCUUCACCGAAGACAAACUCAUGCAACUGUACAAGCAUCCAAAGUCAGGGAAGGCGAGGUACACAUGGGUGCACUGGGCGCGACGGGUCGCAAUAUCCCACACCUCGUCACAGUCCCGACCGCACACAUCAGAUUCAAGUCAUCCGACAUCUUAUCAAGAGAGCUCGGACGGGAAGGAGGGCAAUGUCAUACGCUAUGCCCUUCACUCGCCGGCAGAUACCAUUACCACAGUCCAAUUUGUCCAUACACUUUCGACUCUACGGAUUCUGGUUGCUCUGACAUUGAUCCUGGUCACCAGCGCGCUAGGCGCAUUGCUAUGGGUCUUCCUGGGAGUGGGAAGCGGAUGGAUGGGCGACUUCGGCAUGCAAAGCGCAAACAGAGUGGGCAGUGGCAUGGCUGUUGGCAUGCUGGCGCUUUUGCUUGAGUUGUUGGGUUUUGCCGUGUGGGCGUGG